CAACAUGUGUAGGCCUGGAGUCUUAGUUUGUUUUUGUGUUCGCUGUAAAGACGUUGGUUUUCUUUGUUGGGUUACUUUGGUAGUUUUGGAACAUUUUUGUUAAAGUUUUUUCCUUCGUUACUCAAUUAAUAUGGAAAUAUCGGCUUUUGGAUUUCUGAUCUUUGCGCUGAGCGUCAUGAAAUGUCUGGUUGCGAAUGCUCAACAUGUGGGUAUCGGACAGAACAAUUAUUGCACCGUGGUUGGAAACCAGUGUUUAAACGGUGGCCGUUGCGCGGAUCGUUCUGUCCGUCCAUCAAUAGUUUCGUGGUACGUUUGCGAUUGUCCACCUGGAUUUUCUGGAGAUCAUUGCGAAUACGGCUCUCCAGUGUCUGGCGGAGGGUUGAAAAACGAUUAUUGCAAGGUUAACAGAAAUCCAUGCAUGAACGGUGGCUUGUGCUUUGAUCGGUCCGUUUUGCCUUCCAUUGCUUCUUGGUACGUGUGCGAAUGUCCUGCGGGUUUUAGGGGAGAUCAUUGUGAAUUCAACAGGCCAGAAUCUGGUGGAAGACAACGUAAUAACUACUGUGCAGUAAACCGAAAUCCAUGUUUAAAUGGUGGAUCUUGUGUAGAUCGUUCAGCUCGACCUUCAAUAGUGUCAUGGUAUGUGUGCGACUGUCAAUCCGGUUUCUCAGGAGAUCAUUGCGAAACUUCGGGCCAAUCAGGUGGGCAGCGAAAUAACUACUGCGCGGUGAAUAGGAAUCCGUGUUUAAACGGUGGAUCGUGUAUAGAUCGUUCAGCUCGCCCUUCCAUAGUUUCCUGGUACGCGUGCGAUUGUCCUAUGGGAUUAUCCGGAGAUCAUUGUGAAUUGACAGGUUCUGGCAAUCAGAGGAAUAAUUAUUGUGCAGUAAACAGAAAUCCUUGUUUGAAUAGUGGCAGAUGUGUUGACCGUUCUACCCGGCCCUCAAUAGUAUCUUGGUACACGUGUGACUGCGUAUUCGGCUACACUGGCGACCACUGUGAACAUUCUGACUCUGGCAAUCAAAGGAAUAACUAUUGUGCAGUGAACAGAAAUCCUUGUUUGAAUAGUGGCAGAUGUGUUGACCGUUCUACUCGGCCUUCAAUAGUAUCCUGGUACACGUGUGACUGCGUUUUUGGCUACACUGGCGACCACUGUGAACAUACUGACUCUGACAAUCAAAGGAAUAACUAUUGUGCAGUGAACAGAAAUCCUUGUUUGAAUAGUGGCAGAUGUGUUGACCGUUCUAAUCGGCCCUCAAUAGUAUCUUGGUACACGUGUGACUGCGUAUUCGGCUACACUGGCGACCACUGUGAACAUUCUGACUCUGGCAAUCAAAGGAAUAACUAUUGCGCAGUGAACAGAAAUCCUUGUUUGAAUAGUGGCAGAUGUGUUGACCGUUCUACUCGGCCUUCAAUAGUAUCUUGGUACACGUGUGACUGCGUUUCCGGCUACACUGGCGACCACUGUGAACAUACUGAUUCAGGUGGCCAAAGGAACAACUAUUGUGCAGUGAACCGAAAUCCUUGUUUGAAUAAUGGAAGAUGUAUCGAUCGUUCAAUUAGGCCGUCAAUAUUAACAUCUUGGUACAUAUGCGAUUGUCCUUCCGGAUUCACUGGUGGCCACUGCGAAUAUACUGAUCAAGAUAAACAGAAAAACAACAAUUAUUGUGCAGUGAAUAGGAAUCCUUGCUUAAACAAUGGAAUGUGUAUAGAUCGUUCAUCACGCCCGUACAUUGUGUCGUGGUACGUGUGCCAGUGCCAAUCUGGAUACUCGGGAGAUCAUUGUGAAUUUACGGGAUCAAGUGGAACGAGAAACUAUUACUGCGCAAUGAACAGAAAUCCUUGCUUGAACCGCGGCAUGUGUGUGGACAGAUCAACUCGACCUGAACUUGUUUCCUGGUACGUCUGUGAUUGUCCCGUGGGAUUCUCUGGAGAUCACUGCGAACUUUCCGGAACAGCUAACAUUGGUCGAUAUUGUGUUCAAAAUCCGAAUCUAUGCCUGAAUCGAGGAGUUUGUGUGGACAGAUCUCAAGAUUCUUCUGUGUCAUUAUACAAAUGCCGGUGUCAAAGCGGAUAUACGGGAGAUCGGUGCCACAUUCCAUCAGAUGUGAAUAUUUAUAUAGCUACAGGUUUUUGUGCAACCAAUUCAAUCACUUGUCUUCACGGUGGAUACUGCGUCGACCGCAGCAUUGACCCGACCUUACAAGCUCUGUAUCGCUGUCGGUGUCCGAUGGGGUGCAGUGGGCAAAUCUGUCAAAAUUGUUACGGGCUGGGAUACGAGUACAGGCAGGGACCGAAUUGUGAAGAGGGAGCUUGCCAGAAUAAUGGAACCUGUGUUGACCUUGGAGAUACGAGAAUUUGUUAUUGUCCGCCUGGGUGUUCCGGUUACAAUUGUGAAUCUUGUACAAAAUUCAUAGGAACUUCAGAAUUAACUUUUCCUUGUGAUCCUAAUCCAUGUUUGAAAGAUUGUUCUUGUGAGUUGUCAUGCAAUCGUGCUGACGGUUACUUCUGUCAAAGUGAAUCCGGAUUUUUAGGAAAGAAUUGCUCUAUACGUGCACCGACCCUGGUUUGUGGAACAAAUAGUAUCGAAAUUUCCGUAUCCGAAGAGUUUGUCAUCGAAAAUAAUUUUGGCAUUGCAAACGGCUUUCUAAUUCUGUCUCCUGCUCCUGGCAUUGAAGAGUCUAGCUGUGUCGCCAAGGUUGCCACGAACGGAAAUUAUGAUUUUUCAAUCCCUCUACCGUUCAACGGGUGUGGGAUGACAUCGCAAGUUUCAUCAAACGGCGAUGUUGUUUUCGGGAACACGGUGUGGUACAACAAAGUGCUUACAGGUGGAUUUGAUGUUCCAAUACCAGCUGCGCAUUUUCAGUGUACAUAUUCGAGGCAGUACGAAGUUGUGACAUCGAUAAGACCAGUGCGUGUGGAUAUCACACGGAUCUCAAACACAUUUGAGCUGAAGCCGCACAUCGGUCUUUGUAAAUCGCCAUCUUGUCCAGAGAAAUGUCCUUCCUAUUUAAACUUAUCAGAUGGUGCAGCAUACUCUGUUGGUGAAUAUCUACAUUUAACGCUGUCACUUGACAUAGGCGAACAGAACAUGGACUUGGUUAGCACCGUGGAUGAAUUGUAUUUGUCUUGCUCCAAUGGCGGCUCUGAUUCAGACGUACAUCUACUACGAGGAAGUUGUGAGGCAAAUUCGGGAAUUCCUUUCGAAGUUUCAUUAUCGGGGCAUUCUAAAGUUUGCGUGUCAUUUGCCGUACCGGAUCUUAAAUGUACUACUUUCUUUAUACAUGCCGUGAUGAAACCUUGCAGGACUGCAGAUUUGCAGUCCUGUUCGUCGUUCGAAAACCAGUUCUGCAAGAAUGGGUUAUCAUCCACACGAAAGAGAAGAUACGCAUCCAAGGAUGAUAUUAUUGUCGGGCCACUAUAUUUAGUAUUGAAUGCUUCGAAUGGGAUACCAGAAAUGCAGAUGUACUCCGAUGACCCUAAGUUACUGAAGUCGAAAGCGCCCACAAUUAACUCUAUCGGAAAAAAUCUGUUAUUUACAACUUCCGCAACGGAUGUGGCAAAAUUUGGAAUCAGACGCAUCCAGAUUGGAAUCGCCACAACUAUUUCUGUAGUGCUGCUGUUGAUAAUUAUCGCCUUAGCUGCAAUUUCAUUUGCACGGAAGUCCAGAAAUCCAAAAGUUCUGGAAUAGUGUUCAGUUAAAGUUAAUUUUGUUUCAGUUGGUGUAAUAAAACUAAACGGCAAAAGCU